AUGCUACCGAUUUCUCAUCAAAUACAACCUGAAAUAACUAGAAUAGGAUAAUUAAUAUAUUUUGAGGUUAAUUAUAGAUAUGUAGAGCAGGUGAUGAAGGAGCAGAAACUUUUGAAAAGGAUUUACUAUAGAAAGUUGAUAUUUUAGGAGAAUAUUAUCAAAAGAAUAAAAAAGAAGUGAAA